AUGUCAACGUUUCUUUUAUCUUCACAUCCUGUUUCUCCUUUUCCAAUUCACAUAGCGGAGUCUCAAACUGAGGUAAAGGCUGAGGAAUCGAAUAUUAUCAUUGAGGAUCCCUCAGUAUCUUUGAACCCAAACGAGCAUAUUGUGGAAGAAUAUUCACAUUCACGAGUGGCAGAAGGUGGAAAAGAUGAAAAAACAGUUCAAGGUUUUGAUGGGGCUGUGAUGAAUAUUACAGACUCACAUUCUCCUGAAAGAAAAGAUGGAAACGAUUUUCUUUCCUCCUCUUUCGAGAAGAAAGCUGAAGUUUUUAGUGGACCUGUCACAGUAAUCAACUUGAACUGUAAGUAUCUAAUAGAGCUCACAUCUAAGAAACUGUUCAUAGAAUUUAAGUACCCACCCCAGCCCUGGAUACAGUAG